UUCCUGGCUUUGAAGGAUGGGUGAUGGGCCUGUGACUGCUCCUGCCUGCCUGCUUCAUCCCACCCUUCAAUGGAGCCGAUGUGGAACUCCUCCCACCCACCUCCACAGCUCAUCUCCAACAUGUCUGCCUCCUUUCUGCCUGAGGGCUGGGCUCUGUCCCAGUCGCUAGCCCUGCUGGCCAUGCUGCUCAUGGAUCUGCUGGCUGUGGUGGGUAAUGUGGCUGUCAUGGCGGUCAUUGCAAAGGCCCCACAGCUCCACAAGUUUGCCUUUGUGUUCCACCUGUGCGUGGUGGACCUGCUGGCAGCCCUGGUGCUGAUGCCCCUUGGCAUGCUCUCAAGCCGAGCCUUCUUCGGGGAGGCCCUGUGCCGGAGCUACCUCUUUCUCAGUGUGUGCCUGGUUAGCGCUGCCAUCCUCUCUAUCUCCGUCAUCAAUGUUGAGCGUUAUUACUACAUCAUACACCCGAUGCGCUAUGAAGUAAAAAUGACUGUUGGCCUGGUAGCAUCAGUGCUGGUGGGGAUAUGGGUCAAUGCCCUGGCCAUGUCUGCUCUGCCGCUGCUCGCUUGGUUCCUACAAGGUGGAAGAACUCCUCUUCUUGAGAGUAGUGGGGUUGGGGGAGGAGGAGGAGGAGGGGCAGUCCCAUCUCCACCUGCUCAAGGUCACAGGCGCUGCUCACUACAUUGGACAGGGGGAGGCUCAAACCGCUUGGCCUUCAUGGCCCUGUUUACUUUAGUGUAUUUCCUGUGUCCACUACUGGUCAUUCUUGUUGUGUACUGCAAUAUGUUCAAAGUAGCUCGGGUAGCAGCCAUGCACCACGGGCCUCUGCCUACCUGGAUGGACACGCCUCGACGGCAGCGGUCAGAAUCACUGAGCAGCCGAUCCACGAUGGUUACCAGCUCUGGGACAGGGACUGGGACAGGCAGAGCGACUCCGCAGCGUCCCUUUGGGGGAGGAAAGGCUGCAGCAGUGUUGGCAGCAGUAGGUGGACAAUUCCUUUGUUGCUGGCUGCCCUACUUUACUUUCCACCUGUAUUCAGCACUGUCUGCCAGCCCUCCAGCCACAAUGGCGUCUCUGGAGGAGGUGGUCACCUGGAUUGGUUACUUCUGCUUCACCUCCAAUCCCUUCUUCUAUGGCUGUCUCAACAGACAGAUCCGGGAGGAGCUGGGCAAGCAUCUGCCUUGUCUGUUUCGUCGAGCAGGAUUUGAGAUGGAGGACAGACUACCCAGUCGUGAAGGAUCCAUUGAGGAGAAUUUCCUCCAGUUUCUUCAGGGCACCGGCUGCAACAUGGAUCCUCAAAACUCUCACAGCACCUCCAGCCCGAAAGGGGAGGCCUGCUGCCCAGUGGCACAGUCCCAACCACCCGAGCCAGCACAGUCCAUACCGAUAGAUUUUCGUAUCCCUGGGCAGAUUGCAGAGGAGACUUCAGAGUUUAUUGAGUCUGAGCAGGCAAAAAACCACCACAUAUAUACAGAAAAUUAA